AUGGCGACAGACACCCUCUCUAUCGUGGUAGAAUUUACUGGCGGUCUCGAAAUGUUAUUUUCCGACCAACGAUCCCACAAACUCUCAAUCCCCAAAACAGAUUCCAAGGGCGAUCCCGUUACAGUCGGCUGGUUGGUAAAUUAUCUGUGCGACGAAAUCAUGCAAGAUAGUAGAAAAGGCAUGUUUGUUCUGGACGAUCACGUGCGUCCCGGCAUCCUAGUCCUCAUCAACGACGCAGACUGGGAAUUAGAGGGUGAAGCUUCAUACGCAUUGCAAUCCAAUGAUAAUAUAUUAUUCGUGUCGACGCUCCACGGGGGCUGA